AUGGAACACCUUGUACCCCUUGCGGGACUCACGUCUGUGAACUUCACCUGUACGGAUACGCUCACGCCUGCCCAACCGUCAGCGAGCAUAAUUCUAUUUUGUACCGUUCCUACGCUUCCGGACAAGGCGACUCAAUCGACCACAUCACGGACAGUCUCGAUACUAGAAUGCGUUCUCACGUCUUGUAAGACACUAAGCCCUGAUGCUAUAAGGUGCUAUAAGCCACGUCCGUCUGCCGCCACCAUGUUUGGUGAUACCUGUUCACAAAUAGAACUUGAGGACCUGGACCGUUGGACGUAUCCACCCUUGGAUACGACCAGGGAUCCAGCUCCAUCAAAGGCAUCGUCGGGACCUUCGAGAAAUUCUACCGAGACCAACAGAAAGUCCUCUUGCCCGAGAGGCGAAAGACAAGCACCCCUGAUGGGAUCCAACGGCUUUAGGCUUCAAGUGGAUUCAUCUCAAAAAAAAUCUUUACUCCUUCAUCCGACCCCACUUGCACGCAUGAGCGCUUCGAGAAGCCCGGCUCGCUCCCGCGAAAUGAGAUCGUUGCUGAUGCAGUUGGAACCGCGAGGUCUGCGAGUUGAAUGA